UAUCACUUCUAGACUGUGGACUUGCUGUGGACACAAGGACCCAUAAAUAAACAAACACUGUAUAAAAUAUACUGCAUAAUUCAAGAACGCCUGAAACUGACGAGGAACAGAGACGAGACGUAUUUUUACUUAUUUAGAGACGCAAUAAGUACAGUGUAGCAAAAUAAAGCGCAUCUUGUGGAAAAAAUGAUUGUAAACAUUAAUAUGCCGCCUCCUCAAUCAUGUGACACCUUUGUUGUGCUCCCGCCUCAUACAAGUGAUAAUCAAGUGAUAUUUGGCAAAAAUUCUGACCGACCUCGUCAUGAGGUGCAGGAAGUCGUGCACUUCGCGGGAGGAAUCAGACAGGGACCUUUAAAGUGCACAUACAUAAAAAUUGAGGAGAGUUGUAAACCAUUGAAUGCCGUCAUACUGAGCAAGCCAGGGUGGAUGUGGGGAGCAGAGAUGGGAGCCAACGACAAAAGUGUGGUCAUCGGCAAUGAGGCGGUGUGGACCAAAAAUGACAAGGGCCUUGGAAAUGCUCAGGAAAAACGCCUGCUGGGCAUGGAUCUUGUUCGCUUGGGCUUAGAACGAGGUAAUACUGCAGAAGAGGCAAUCGAUGUUAUAACAUCUCUUCUUGAGAAGUACGGACAAGGUGGUCCUUGCAGUGAACAUGAUGACAAUCUCUUUUACCACAACUCAUUCCUUAUUGCGGACCCCACCGGAGCAUGGGUGCUUGAGACGAGCGGCAAUCUUUGGGCUGCAGAGAAAGUGUUGUCUUACAGGAACAUCUCUAAUGGGCUAACUAUUACUACAAAGAUUGACAAAAUGUCUGAUGGAUUAAAAGAGAAAGCGAUGGAGCUUGGACUUUGGGAUGGACAGGGUGAGUUUAACUUCAUGAAAGUUUUUUCAUCUGGCGGUGAUCUCCACCGCCAACUCGAUGGGGAAGCACUACUCAGAAAUGGUUGUAAGGAUUCUCAAUUCACCAUAAAUGACAUGUUUUAUGUCUUGCGGCACAAGAAAAGCCGAAUAUGCAGAGGAUGCGAUGAUGGUUUUCCCACCCAAGGAAGUCAGGUAUCUAUUUUAACGGAGAACGGAAGAAGUGUCCAUUGGUUCACGGCUACACCAGACCCUAGCGUUUCUCUUUUCAAACCAUUUGUCUUCACUCCGAAUUGUGAAACUUCGUGCUACACGGAGAGUCUCCAGGAACCUAAACAUGAGAGUCGUUUAUACAAGUUACAUGCAGAUCAUAUAAUUCGAGGCACCAAAAGCCAAGAACUGAUCAGACAGUUACAAAUACUGGAAGCUGAGAGUAUCCAGAGAGUGGAAUCAACCCUGCGUCACUAUGAUGCUGGAGAAAAUUUAAACAUAGACAAUCUGAUGGAAGACUAUGUUAUGAAGGAAGUUAAACUUUACAUCGUUGAUACAGAAAACGAAUAGAUUGUAAGAAUAAAUGUUAAAAACACAUGUUACAACAUGUUAAAAACUAUUCAAAGGGCCAUACGAAAAAAAUAUACCAAAGAUUUUAGAAAUGUUUUAAAGUAACGUAGUUACAAAUUGUUAUUUUUUUAUGUUGUUGUUGUUUUCUUUUGUUUAAUAAGAAUACAUUUUAUUAUAUUUGAAUGAAUAUAUAAGAUCUAUAUACAUCACGUAUCACCUUUCAUAUCGUAAUCACACUCUUUUUGAAUGAUCUCGAUGUCAAUAGUGUGUAGCGGAUUAAGCGGAUGCGUUAUACAAAUAGUAGAUAUAACAGCAUCUAUAAGAUAACUUGUAAUUAUUUAAAUAUUUCGAUAAAGCUUGUUGCGAGAACACAAUUCCGAUUUCAUUUUAGUCAAGUCUCUAUUAAUUUUCAUCCCCAGUGCCAUUGGUAGAAAGUAAUUUGCCUCCAUUUCAUAAUAGACUAAGGCCGUCAACCAAUCUACCUCGAAAUAUAGCAAAAUACGACAUAUAUUUGCCUUCGCCAAAUCUCUAGCAUUUAGAAUGCAGCCAACUCAUCGGGUAGCAAGAUCGGUAUAUACAGGUUGUUUGUUACAUCUUAAAAAGUUAGGUACAGUCAGCAGCAGAUAUACCUGAGCGGGCAAGGUGUCCAAGAAAACAUAUACACUUCAAUCGUCACAAAAAUAAGGACAUCUAAGAUGUCAUUUUCACGUAGGCUUUCAGUUCGUCACAAAUACCUUAACUUCUGAGUUUUUCUUUAACACAUACACCCUUAUUGAAUCACAAUGACAAUAACGGUUAAAAAGUCAGUGGUAACUAAGCAAUCAAAUUCAAGCUGCUGUCAUUAAUACCUACACGCACUGCCAAUCACGUACGUCAGCAGCCAGGGUGCCACCAGUUGCUAAGCAGUUGUUAUUUCAAUGGUAACUAAGCAUCAACAUUUUAUCUGUUUAACUUUAAAAUAAAUACUGUAGCACUACGAAUUGAUACCUCCUUUCUUAAAGAAGUAUUUUAUCGUUAAGUGUCAAACUUAUACAAUAAAUAAGUAGGUUCUACUAGAAUCAUCGGUUUUUAGUGUUCCGUACAAAACUUUGUUUACGGAACACUUAUUUUAUUUUAACUGUCAUAUGCGGCUGUUCUUCCAAACCGUUGAUCAUAUUAUAUACCAUGUUAAUAUAUUUAUUUAGCCCACUUAUUGUAGUAAAAUAUACUAUAACAGGGUGGCCCAUUUAGAUUGGCCAGUAUGGGAAAAUCUGAUACUAUAAGAUAUACACCGAUCUCUUCUUAGGAAUCAUGUCAUCGAUUUUAGUAACACGAAAAACUGCAUUCAUACAUUAAAAAAAAUGUGUACUCAGCUCGGGAAUCGAACCCCGAACGUUUUGAAAAAUAAAACUAAGACUAUUUCUAUUUAGAUAUCGAUUGUGUAGGGUCUUACUCUUAAGCAAUAAAUGUUACUAUGAAACAUGAUGUCUGAAAUUAAUAAAAUGCAUUGUUUUCAUA